GUAGGUCUUCCGGCUCGAAAAUUUAGCGCCAAAUUUCGACAACAUCAUGACGGAAAAAUCGAAAUAUGAUGCGGCUUGUCUUCCAGAUUUACUACCUAUAUACUACAAAAAGCUGUUUCCGUAUGGAUUGUACUAUAGAUGGUUAAACUAUGGAGGAGUUCCAAAGACAUACUUUGCCAAUCGAGAAUUCUCUUUCACUUUGAAGGAUGAUGUGUAUAUUAGAUAUCAGUCCUUUUCUGACCAACAAGAACUGGAAAAGGAAAUCCAAAAGAGAUGUCCAUAUAAGAUAGACAUUGGUGCUGUGUUUUCUCACAAGCCCAAAGAUCACAAAACUGUGAAAGCAGCAGCAUUUCAGGCCCAGGAAAAAGAACUUGUGUUUGAUAUUGACAUGACGGAUUAUGAUGAUGUGCGGACAUGUUGUUCAGGAGCAGAUAUAUGUGAAAAGUGUUGGCCCCUGAUGCAGGUAGCAAUCAAAGUCUUGGAUCGAGCAUUAGAAGAGGAUUUUGGAUUUGAGCACAGACUGUGGGUGUACUCCGGGAGGCGAGGGGUUCACUGCUGGGUGUGUGAUGAAACAGCUAGGAAACUCUCCCAGAAUGGGAGGACAGCAGUGGCAGAGUAUCUCAGUCUUGUCAAAGGUGGAGAACAUCAGAAUAAAAAAGUCAGUCUGGAUACCCCAACACUUCAUCCUUUCAUCAGCCAAUCCUUAGAAAUCAUCAAGGAUAGAUUUGAUGAUUAUGCUGUGAAGAAGCAAGAGUUUUUGGGUGAUGAAGAAAGACAGAAAAAAGUCUUGUCGCUUAUUACAGAAGAAAAAUUAAGAUCGCCUUUAGAAAAAAACUUUGAACAAGAAUUCCAAGGUGCAGUUUCAAAGACAGCAUGGGAUGUCAUGAAAAAAUUCAUAAAUGCUGAAAAGAGUCAAUAUAAAGGAUGCAAGUAUGUCUUAGAGGAGAUCAUGUUGCAGUACUGCUACCCUCGACUAGAUGUUAAUGUCAGCAAAGGCAUCAACCAUUUACUGAAAAGUCCAUUCUGUGUGCAUCCCAAAACAGGUAGACUGUGUGUUCCCAUUGAUCCCAAGAAAAUCGAUGAUUUUGAUCCAAUGGCUGUACCUACAAUAAGCAGGCGACCACAAUACCCUCUCGCAUACAACCACUGCCAAUCAUGGGGAUUGAACUCGGGUUGCAGCAGUGAAAAUCUUUGCAUCUUUUAGUCCUGGGAUCCAGAGAACUUUUCUCUUCCAGAAAAGCAACAAUGUUCUGGUCUGUGUACCACAGUGCUAAAUUCUUACUUAUCAUCUCCUGCACCGAUUUCACAAAUGCAAAGUCAGUGUCAUAAAUAGUGAAAUGCCUAUUCAGUUUCCCUAGUAAUGGCAAAAUAAGACUGGCUGUUGGAGAUUUUUCUUCACACAGGGCCAUUGUUGCAGUCAUCAUGAUCUUCAUGUAAUUAACAAACUCCUCACAUUUCUGAAUCACCGUAUCACUCAUUCCACAUACAAUCUUUGCCUUUUGGCUUAGACUUUUUACACUGUCAUCCAGCAAAGUUGCCAAAAUACUUGGCCUUUGUUCCAGAAACCUUUCAAUCAUGCAGUAAGUUGAGUUCCAUCUUGUUUUGUAAUCAAUGUUAAGUCGAUGCUCAGGUACGUUAAGUCCCUUUUGCUUCACUUUUAACAAUUCUGAAGCAAUAUUGCUUGUGUGAAAAAAUGCAAUUACUGCCCUGACCUUCCUGUUGUAAAUAUGUAAUGCAUUUGUAUCUAAAGACAACACCACCCUUCCCAAAAUACUCAAUAAAAAAGUAUAUUUAGUUGGUAGAACAGUAAACAAUUUGUUUAACAACCAACAUCUUCAGAAUAUACAAUCAGACUCACUUAGGGGCCAAAAAACUAAAUUCCCAUAAUUUUCACCAAGACCCCCACACCCCACCCUACCCCUUAAAACUAAAUAUGAUGAAUGUUGAAACUAAUCGAUUAACAAGAUUUAAUAACACUCUUUAUACCUUUUCUACUGUUUACUCACAAAAUAAAAGUGUACAUUAAAACUAAUAAAUGUUAAUUAAAAUGUAAUAUUAUGUGGUUUUUAAAAGUCACUUAUCUUUUUUUCUUUUUCCACUAAAGUGUAAUAGAUGUCAGAUGACAGAAACUUCUGGGAGUUUUUAUCCCCCCUCCCCCUAACUAUUUGAAUUUACAUUUUUAUCCGACAUUGACCUUUUGAUCUCGCCCCUUAACGCAUACUUUCCAUUUAUUCAAAGUUGUAUGGUUCAAUGUAAUCUUUAAAAUUAGAAAAUGAAGAUAGAAAUGUAUCUGGAUCUUUUAUCAUCUUUUAUGCCUAAGUUUAUAAAUUUUACAUACGUUUAACCAGUAUGA